GACACGUCCCGCCCCAGACCCGCCCGGUAAGAGCGGAAGUACGGCCGGAAGUCAGCCAUAGAGUUGAGCCGCCAGAGCGACCCUGAAGGGAGGUGGCAGGAAAGACUCGGAACGGCUGCCGGAGGUGACGGAGCGGCGGCCCCGCCCGGCGAUCGGGAAGACGAAGCUUCAGGUAGCGGCCCGCAGAGUCUAACCGAGGCUCCAGACAUCCUGAGCCCAGGUCCCCCCAGCUCAGUGCAGCCAUGAGUGCCGAGGUGAAGGUGACAGGGCAGAACCAGGAGCAAUUUCUGCUCCUGGCCAAGUCGGCCAAGGGGGCAGCGCUGGCCACACUCAUCCACCAGGUGCUGGAGGCCCCUGGUGUCUACGUGUUUGGGGAACUGCUGGAUAUGCCUAAUGUUAGAGAGCUGGCUGAGAGCGACUUCGCUUCCACAUUCCGCCUGCUCACGGUGUUUGCUUACGGGACAUAUGCUGACUACUUAGCUGAAGCCAGGAAUCUUCCCCCACUCACAGAAGCUCAGAAGAAUAAGCUUCGACACCUAUCAGUCGUCACCCUAGCUGCCAAAGUCAAGUGUAUCCCAUAUGCAGUGUUGCUGGAGGCCCUUGCCCUGCGUAACGUGCGGCAGCUGGAAGACCUUGUCAUAGAGGCCGUGUAUGCAGAUGUGUUACGUGGCUCCCUGGACCAGCGCAAUCAGCGGUUGGAGGUUGACUACAGCAUUGGACGGGACAUCCAGCGCCAGGACCUCAGUGCCAUUGCCCGAACCCUACAGGAGUGGUGUGUGGGCUGCGAGGUAGUGCUGUCAGGCAUUGAGGAGCAGGUGAGCCGUGCCAACCAGCACAAGGAGCAGCAGCUGGGCCUGAAGCAGCAGAUUGAGAGUGAGGUCGCCAACCUUAAAAAAACCAUUAAAGUUACAACAGCAGCAGCAGCCGCAGCCACAUCUCAGGACCCUGAGCAACACCUGACUGAACUGAGAGAACCAGCUGCUGGCACCAACCAACGCCAGCCCAGCAAGAAAGCCUCAAAGGGCAAGGGGCUCCGAGGGAGCGCCAAGAUUUGGUCCAAGUCGAACUGAAGGGACUGUCGCUUUUUUCCUCUGGGGAUACGGGGUCCCAGCUGCCUGGCUGCCCCUUAGGAGUCCUCAGAGAGCCUUCCUGUGCCCCUGGCCAGCUGAUAAUUCUAGGUUCAUGACCUUUCAUCUCUCUUCUGUCCCCCACCCCCAAGCAUAGAUCACACCUUCUCUAGGGAGGAGGCAAGUACAAGUCAUGUUUUGUUGGUACUUUUUGUUUUAUGUGACUUUCUUAUGUGUCCCAUUGUCCCCUCCCCUUCCCUACCAUGCUCUCUCUCCUAUAUUUUUAAGAGACAGCACUGCCCUUGUUUAUUAUAUGUCAUUGAGUAGGUGGGGCUGCUGGUCUCCAAUAAACCCACAUGUGAUCCUUGUCCUACCACCCCACCCCUGCAUGACUAAUCCCCGAUUCCUACUCCCUACCCCCAGCCUAUUUGGGCAGCAUCUACAGAGCCGUAGGGCUCCCAUCUCUGUUCCCACCCUGAAAGUUCUGGGAGCUAGUCUGCCAUUCUAGGAGUCACUGGACACUUUCAUCCUCAAAUUUUGUCGUUUCUUUUCACCUCCCCUUGGGUCCUGGGAAUGCUGCUGCUUCAAUGACCCCAGAGCCUCGAGAUGUUGAGAGAUAGUUCUUUCUUGGCCCUGGCUAUCUUAGAAAGCCUGAUGGCAAACCUGGAAGAAUUUAUACUUCCUUUUUGUGAGUUUUAUGGAGGAAAGGGGAUAUAGAUUGUAUUAAAAAAGAAAAAUAUACAUAUAUAUACUAUAUCUAUAUAUAACGUAACACAAAAAUAAAUCUAUGAGAAGUCUAUCUGUAAGCAUGCCCUGAA